ACAGCAGCUGCUUCACCUCUGUUCACACAGCUCCUCCUGCAAAGAACAAAUCACAACUCCUCAGCAAUCCAAGACAGCAGCAAGCCAUGCUUUCGGCAUACUACACCCAGCUUGUCAUCCUGAGCAAUGUAUGGUGUUUCAUUCGUGGGACUUCUGUGGCCAUUCCAGAGGUUGCAGUGACGUGUACAGAAGAAGCGCUGCUGGCCUGUGAAGCUCCUCGGGACCCACAAGUCACCUAUGAGGGAGUGUCCUGGCAUAAAAUUGUUGGAAAUGGUGAAGAACUGGCAGAGAUGGUACAGAAGAACCUUGAGAAUGGUGUGGAAUAUUACUAUCCAAAAGAACUUAAUGGAUCCUUGCAGCUCUCCAGUGAUGACACAUAUUCCUUGAGAAUCACAAACACUACUAGCCACAACAGUGGGACAUAUGGGUGCAUCUUGUGGGCACCAGCUGGAAAACACAACCAAAGUGGCACAAUCAUAUUAAAAGUAACAGGUUGUACUGAACAAUUAGAUGAAAAAUUUAAAAAAUACAGAGCGGAACUUUUAUUGCUGUCCUGCCUUGGGAUUUUUUACUUGCUGCUCAUCUUUUUUACCUGUACAUGCCUAAAAAAAGAGAACAUGCUUCCAGGUUAUCAUAAACACAGAAGAGAACAGAAACACACACUUAUCCUUGUCAGUGCGCAAGAAAAGAAGAUUAUCCAGUGUUUAGGCAGCAACAGCACUUGCAAAAAUGGACCUAAUUUGAGUUCUGGCCAAGCUGAUGUAGUUUAAGAAACUGUGGGCUCAUUAAUAAACACCUCAUGAAGAUGGAUGGUUGGGCAACAUAGAGAGGAAAUAAAAGCUAACAUACUGCCUCUUCAGGGUAUCCUGAUAGCUUAGGUAAUCUGUCAAAUACCUGCUUGUGCUGGACAAGUCUUCAAAGAGUAUCUUCAUACAGUACAAUAACUGUUGAAUUUAAGGUGACUAACAAAUACCAGUGCCGCCCUACAGCUUUGUUACAAGGCUAUUAUAUGGUUGGCAUAUGCUCCACUUCAAUCCAUUAUACCCAUCUUGUUCUGAGAGAGGCUAUUUCUACCAUCUGAAAAGUAGGUUACAGAGAGGAUUUGAUGGUGUUGAUUUAGAGGAUUAAGUUAUCGACUGAACUAAUAUCUCAGCUCUUUUAACAGUCACGCACUACUGCUGCUGCAGUACAAUUUUUCAGAAAGCUAAGCAUAUAUGCUUCACUCUCCUCUGGACGGUGAGCUCUUGUUUUUGACGGCAUUCACUACCAUGAUUGAGAAGUAUGGCUACAUAACAUCCUGGAGAUUCACCAAAUCCAACCAGAUUUAUUUUUAUUGGUUAAUCUCAGAGUGAUUGAUGGA